CCCAGAACCAAAAAAAGAGAAUUAAUUGACAGUUACCAGAGGCUGAGGCAGAAGGAUGGAGAGAUGUUAGUCAAAGGACACAAAAUUUCAAUUUGACAGGAAGAAUAAGUUCAAAGGAUCUAUUGUACUUCAUGGUGACUAAACUUGCUAUGUUUGAAAUUUGCCAAAAGUAGAUUUUUAGUUGUUCUUACCACAAAAUAAAUAUGCAUAUAUGAUAACACAUAUGCCAAGCAGUUUGAGUUAGCCAUUCUACAUGUAACAUUUAUCAAAAUGGGCCAUGUUAGGGCUGAGACUGUAGCUCAAUGAUAGAGUGCUUGCCUAGCACGUGCAAACACCUGUGUUCCAUCCCCAGCACUGAAAAAAAGGUUGUACUUCAUAAACAUAUACAUUUUCAUCAGCCAAAAUAGAUCAACAACAAAAAAAAAACCAAAACUCUCAGGACACAAAACUAGGUGUCCUUCAUUUUCAUGAUUACAAGAUUAACAGCUCAUCCAAUAGGUUCCAACUGACCCCAACUCCAGGACUUCCUCUUGUUCUCACAGAUGAACAAUGCCAAAAUUCACUUUAUGGCUUAGAACUAUCUACUAUAAAUUAUUGGGGGUUAGGGGUUUUAUCUGGGGCCUUACACAUGCUAGGCCCUCUACCACUUGAGCCACACAUCUAGCCCUUGGACUGGCUUGACUUCACUUUGAAGUUGACAACCUAAAGCAUAAACUCAGUUAACUACUUUUAAAGAUUGCUAUUAAUGUAUCAUUUAGAUUGUCUUGCAGAAAUCUCAUGUUUUGUUUUUCCCUGAACAGCUGAACUUUUUAAAAAAUGUUGUUAGCUUCAAUGUCUCUUGUAGAUUAACUUUAUACCAAAUAGUUUCACGUAUCUGUAACAGUAGUUUGGAUCUCUUUCUAUCCCAAUAAUAGACUUUAAGGCAUGUGUGCAAUACACUGCAAUUCAAAUGUUAUAUGUAACCUUACCACUAAGAGACACAAGAGAAACCUCUUCUCCCCUAAAAUUUUUACAGGGGUUCUUUUUUCUUCACAGGAAGUGGGAAUGUUAGCUAAUAAACAGGUGAGGCCUUUGGCCUCAUCUAAAGGCACUUCAUUCCCAAGUUUGAGAAGCAUGGAGCUCUGGGACCAUCCCUCUAAGCUCUUGGAUCCUUUUAUGGCAAAGGCCAUUUUCCUUGUCAAUAGAAAAUGAGGUCCCAAAGAUGAGCUGGUUAGCAGCUGCCCACUCUUCAGCAAUCCUGCCUUCUGAGGCAUGUUUUUCUAAGGACCUUCCUUUUUCCCAGGUGAUCAAACUUGAGGCCAUUCAUCCAUCCCUUCUGAGUCACCACAGGGAUGUGACAAACCUCUAGCCACAACAGGGCACUAUUUCAUAACACAGUGCAGGAAACCCAGCAUUUGCACACAAGACUCAUGCACACUGUGUGAACAGGGCUUUUGUACAGGUGUAGAGGGAGGGCUCAGUGGUUGAACAAAGCCUGAUACCGUAUGAGUGUCAUACUGUCAGGAACCACAAAUAUAGGGGAUACGACGGUGCCCAGGCCUAUGAAGAGGAAACCCAUUCACAGGCAAUGCAAAACAGGACAAGAGAAAAAAAAAAGGUCAUUCUGAGCCAGCAGAGGAAGGGGAAAUAGAGGGGUACUCAGUACUUGAGCCAGGUCAGGAUGAGAUUUCAAGUUAGGUGGACCCGGACGUGACCCUUUCAGGCCCAACCCAUCAGCUGCAGGGCUUUUUGGCUGAGACCAGGCCCCAACCGACAUUUGCCCUGAGUGCUGAGUGAAACCAUUUACACUAGUUUCCUUGUCUACAAACCAGCAAUGUUAAUUCCUGUGUCGAGGGAAAGACACUGCUAAUAGAAACAAACACAAGAUGUGCUAAGUUACCUACCAGCAUUCUAAAUAAAGUUCUAAAACUGGCAGAAACAUGUUUCAAACCAGUAACAGGAGUUCCUGGACUCUUUGUUUGGCUAGGCUGGAAGGAAGGUGGGGGCAGAACAGGGCAGGGGUAGGAACUGGUGAAGCCAAGGCCUGGAGGGAACCAGUUUCUGGUGGCUGUUGAGCAGCUCAGACAGCUCCCUACUUCACCUGCCAUGGUGCUGCCUUUGCCCUGGCUUGAUCAGUACUGCUGCCUUCACCUCCUUCUGCCCUCCUGUCCCCCAGCCCUCCAAGUAUUCUGGAGGUGCUGCUCCCAGAAUCCCAGGGCAAGCAUGGAAAAAGAGACUAUUUCUGUAAGCAGUGGGAAGAUGGGCACACCUCCCAAGGGACCACCCCACCGCACAGCUGAGCUGGCCCAAGCUGAGGAGUUGCUGGAGCAACAGCUGGAGCUGUACCAGGCUCUGCUAGAAGGGCAGGAGGGGGCAUGAGAAGCACAGGCCCUGAUGCUCAAGAUUCAGAAGCUGAAGGAGCAGAUGAGACACCAAGAGAGCCCGGGAGAUGCCUAAGCCCACCAGUGCCCUGUUCACCCUCAAACUGCCCCCACUUUCCCCAACCCUUCCAGAAACUGCCCAGCCUAUGCCAGGCCAUCAAGAAAAUGGAAAUUGAAAGCCAGAAAUAGGAAGGUAGUUGGGAUGCUAUGGUCUCUGCAUG